AUGUCAUCCCCCACCAUCGAAUCCGCUCGGAAAUUCGCUACUCCUAACCCUCUCAAGGAGAAGCUCGACGCUGGGGUUCUCGCCCAUGCACUUUCGAUCAAAAUAGUCCGAAGUGUAGAAGUGCUAGGAUUCGCCAAAGCAGCUGGUUACGAUGCUGUCUUGAUCGAUCUGGAGCACAGUCCGUUCGGGCUGGAAACUACCAAUCAGCUUAGUUGCGCCGCGCUCAAUCUGGGCCUAACACCCAUCGUGCGAGUCCCCGCCAAUACUUCAGAUUGGAUUUCGCGUACUCUCGAUGGAGGUGCCCAAGCCAUCAUCGUCCCUCACGUCAACAGCGCAGCCGAAGCAGCCAAUGUAGUAAAAUAUGCUCGAUUCGCACCUCUAGGUGAGAGGUCUGCGACUGGUACUAUGCCGAUGUUGAGAUACGCAAACGUACCUGCCAAAUUCGCCAACCCCAUCUGUAAUGACCUGGUGACUGUGAUCUGUAUGAUCGAGACUGUCAGAGCAUUGGAGGAUGUUGACUCGAUUGCCGCUGUUGAAGGUGUAGAUGUGCUUUUGAUAGGGUGUGGUGAUCUGACUUCAGACAUGGGUAUCCCAGGUGAUUUCAGCAAUCCACGGAUCGAAGAAGCCUUUGACAGGGUCUCAGCGGCCGCCAAGAAGGUCUCGGUGAACGGUAGGAAGGUGUCAGUCGGCUUUGGUGGUUUACACAACCGUUUGGAUCUCGUCGAGAAAUUCGCCAAGAAGAAUGGUAAUGCCAGGUUCGUGAUGGCUGGUGCGGACAAUACGUUCUUGUUACAGGCCAUUGUAGAUGGUGGAUCGGCCAUUCAAAAGGUAGAAGCCAGUAUCAAGAACGCUUAA